AUGCCACCCUUCACACCCGAUGACCGGGUCAAGACGCCGCUGGAAGGCGUCUCUGCCGCUGACUCCGACGUCCAACGGUCGCUGGCGGCUGUGGCCGAGGCUAGCAGCAAUUGCCGCGAUGUCAAGGAGAAGACACCAGUGCCCCUGAACCCCGGCGAGGCCACCGCCCCAGUCUCGCCGCCCGUCGCCCUCAUCGUCGUCGAGAUACCCCUGGACAUCGACGCCCUAGAGCCGUCCUUUCGACUGACGGAGUGUUUCCGGUCCAACGGCAUCCAAGGCUUCUCGGAAGAGACCUACCCGGCCGCCAUCGACGCACAGCACCAGUCGCCCUUCUCCUGGUCCCUCGGCAAGAAGACGACUGUCCUCUUCGGCACCUUCUUCGCCGCGACCCUCGCCGCCUACUCCGCCGGCGCCUACGCCAUGGCCGCGGUGCCUCUGACAGAGAAAUGGGGCCUCUCGGACACCGAGUUCAACCUCGGCAUCACCCUCUUCGUCCUCGGCUUCGGCUUCGCGCCCAUGGUCCUCGCCCUCGUCAGCGAGACCCACGGCCGCUACUGGGUCUUCGUCGGCUCCGGCGCCGUCUUCUUCCUCGGCACCCUCGGCUGCGCCGUCACGCAGUCCUUCGCCGGCAUGCUGGUCUCGCGCCUCGUCACGGGCAACGGCGCCUCCGUCUUCGCCACCCUGACCGGCGGCGUCGUCGGCGACGUCUUCCGCAAGGAGCAGCGCAACACGCCCAUGGCCCUGUACUCGCUGACCAUCAUGGUCGGCACCGGCCUGGGGCCCAUGGUCAGCGGCGUCGUCGUCGACCACCUGCACUGGAGAUGGAUCUUCUACCUGCAGAUGAUCACCGUCGGCUCGACCACGCUGGCCAUCUUCUUCUGUUUCGACGAGACGCGGAGCAACGUCGUCCUGGGGAGGAAGUGCGCGGCCCUGAACAAUCACCUCGAGAGCCUUCACCUGUUUCGCGUUGCUCCUCGACAGGGCGCCGAAGGAACGGCUCUCCUCGAACGAGAUGCUCCGCUUUCAUCCGCAAACCACCCACAACAACAAACUGUCAGAGUCACCUUCACUGCACGCUCUGACGGCCCGGCCCUCGACAUGAGCAUCAUAUGGCGAAGCUUCUCCUUCCCGCUGAAGCUGCUCUUCACCGAGUCCGUCGUCUUCUGGUUCUCGGCCUGGGUCUCCUUCGCGUGGGCGAUCCUCUACAUGCAGUUCAACAGCGUCGGCUUGGCCUUCCGCUCCGUCCACGGCUUCAGCAGCGCCCAGGUCGGCGGGGUCUAUGCGGCCGUCAUCGUCGGGUCCGUCAUCGGGGCAGCCGUCACCAUCUUCCAAGAUCCCGUCUUCAGGAGGCUGAUGCCGCGCCGCAUGGCCACACCCGAAGGCCGCCUCUAUUCGGCCUGCGUCGAGUCUCUGUUCCUCCCCGUCGGCCUGUUCUGGUUCGGCUGGAGCUCGUCGCCCGACGUCCCGUGGGCCGUGCCGGCCCUCGCCAUCGUUUCCGUGACGGUGGGCAUCUUCACCGUUUACCUCGCCGUUUUCAACUAUCUCGCGGACACCUACCACCGCUACGCCUCGUCGGCGCUCGCGGCGCAGUCCAUGUGCCGGAACCUGCUGGCAGGCGUCUUCCCCCUAUUCACAAACGUCAUGUUUCAGCGCCUGGGGUAUGGCGUCGCGGGGAGUCUUCUCGGCGGGAUUGGCUUGCUGCUCUCGCUCGUGCCGUGGCUGCUGUGUAUCUAUGGCGAGAGGAUCCGAGGUCGGAGUCCUUUUGCAGGGCAGCUGAAAGCAGGCUAA